AUGAUGACGACUAUGAACAACUCGCAGCAGCAGAUGGGCGCCAUGCAGACUUCUCCUCCUCUUCCUCAGCCCGCUAUGGCACCGAUACAUAUGACUGACGCCCCUGGUGUGAGGGUUUUGAGUAUUCCUUAUGAAAGCAUCGGCUCGAUCGUCGGCCCGGGAGGAGUGGUGUUGUGGGCGUUGCAGAACGACUCGGGUGCGAAAGUGGAUAUGGAGAAAGCGGGGGUUACUGGCCAGCCGAGGCCUCUCACGAUCAAAGGAGAUAGUAUUAAAAUUGAAAAAGCGAUGGAAAUUAUACACAGAGUUUUACAAGGACAAUUCAACGUCGAUGAUGCUAUUAUGCGCCGUAGGCAAGCGAAGCAACAGUAUCAACAGCAGAAUGAGGGGACAGCAUAG